UGCAAUUCUCAUCUACGCGAUCGAUCUCGGUCAUGGCGACGCGGAACUUUCCCAGCCUCCUGAAGACCCUAAUCCGCUAUCCUCCGAGGGCGAGGGCGAUCAAUUCUCUCGUCAGCGAACACACUUCCAAGUGGAUGCAGAAUGGCUACUAAAGGUGCCAACUGCAGUGGACAAAGAUUGUUGCCAAAUGUUGGCUGUUUCUUCGAUUAUUUGUUGGAUACUAGCAAGAAAUCGCCGAUGGAGUUGAUCAAUGAGGUGCCUCCCAUCAAAGUUGAAGGGCGCAUUGUGGCUUGUGAAGGAGAUAGUAAUCCUGCUCUUGGCCAUCCGAUAGAGUUUAUUUGCCUUGACCUGGAAGCUCCUGCUGUCUGCAAAUACUGCGGUCUUCGUUAUGUCCAAGACCAUCAUCAUCACUAAGAUGAUGUCCUAAGUGAGAGAGAACUUUACUAGCGUUGCCAUGAGAAAACUUGGUACAUUCUCAGCUGCCCAAAGAUAAACCUGUUUUUGUGAUCAUUCCAUCAGUGCAUUCUGGUUUAACGUCUCUUAGAAAUACUUGAUUUCAAUAAGCAUGUGAAGUUACAACGUUGAAUUCUAAUAUUUUUUAUGAACGGCUUACUUGGUAUUCAAGCAGUUCAUGUGUUUUCUUCAUGAAGUAAAUAAGAUACUACUGAAAGAAGGUUCCUAGUUUUA